AUGGCCCCAGCGGAAGUUAAAAGGGAAGGUGAUGAUUAUGACAUUCCAAAUGAAGCAGAUGACAUUCGUUUGAUGAAUGAAAGUCGGGCGGAACCUUAUCAUGGUUGCGAAGCUGGUCCGAGCAAUGAAGAAGCAACCAACAUGAACGUUGAAGAUGGCGGAGCCGAUGUGAAAAAAGAAAUGGUUGACGAUGCUCAUCGCAAUGACAUGGUUGGUGAUGUUGAACGUGCUAUUCUGGAACAGAAAUUUGAUUCGAUUGAAGAUGGAGAAGCUUUCUAUAAUGCGUAUGCUAAACCAAGGGAUUUAGAAGGUCAGAGAUUACCAAAAUACUUGGACCGUGUUGCUGAGAAGAGUAGAGCUCCCAAGGCACUAACAAGAGUAGGUUGCAAAGCCCAAUUUCGCAUACGAUACAAUGCAGAUGCUGGUGAAGGGGGAAAGUAUGUUGUGACUCACUUCGUCGCAGACCACAACCAUGAAUUGGCGGAACAACACUGUGUGAUGUAUCUGAGGUCACAUCGCACUUUAAACAGUGCUAACAAAGCUCAAGUAAUGGCUAUGCGCAACGUCGGUGUGAAGACUAGCCAAAUCAUGGACUAUAUGGUAAAUCAAUCCGAGUCUUAUGAGAAUGUUGGUUUCAUCUGUACAGAUCUGCACAACCAUAUUCAAGCCGAAUGUAGAGCAGAAGUUGAGGAUGGUGAUGCGCAGGAUUCAAAAUCGCGGGCCGACUACGCAAAGUUUGGUGAUGUGUUGAUAUUUGACUCAACUUACAGAACCAAUGCAUACAAGAAACCUUUUGUCAUGUUGACUGGUGUGACUAGCCACUUUAGGACCACGAUAUUUGCAUGUGUUUUGCUAGUUAAUGAGACAAGUGAGACAUACACAUAG